AUGGGUCCCUACCGCUGUUCUCUACUGUAUUUCUUCAUUCUCCCAUUCUUGGUUACAAUUACCCUAUCUGUUGAUGUUCUUCACUACCAAACAACACCACAUGGAUUCGCCGCUCCUCCACGAGGAUGGAAUAGUUUUGGGCUGCAGAGUCUGGAAGAUGACCAAAAACUGAUCCUUAACCAAGAUAAUGUCAUAUCUCAGUGCGAAAACCUCAAAGGUAUCAGUCACCUGGGGUACACGUAUUGCUCUCUCGACUCUGGUUGGAGUGUGGGCUGCAACGGAGAUGAUUUCGGUCGUACGAUAUACGAUUCUUCUCUCUUCGACAUUCCAGCUCUAGCUAAGCACUUACAUGACAGGGGGUUGAAAGUUGGAAUCUACAUCAAUCCAGGCUUCUUUGAAGCAGAUAAAGAAAAGACCAUCAAAGGUACCAACAUCAAGUUUAGCGAAAUCGCCGCAACAGGUGAUCAGAACCCUGGCUUCAACUGCAGAUUGAAUGUAGAUUGGGACGCACCUGGAGCACAGGAGUAUUGUAAUUCAAAUGUCAAUCUUUGGGCAAGCUGGGGAGUGGACUAUAUUAAGCUCGACUAUAUCACACCUGGAAGCCCGGAUGGAGGUACUUUACCGGUGAACUCGAGCGGCUCUGUUGCUUGCUAUGAUCGGGCCAUCCAACAAAGUGGUCGCGAUAUCUUCCUCGAGAUCUCUUGGAAGCUAGAUUGGAGGAUUGAAUGGGCAUAUGGCAUUUACAAGUCAAGUGCGGAUGCUAUACGCAUAGAUCAGGAUGUUAAUAACGCCCAUGAGUCGACCCUCGUCAAGUGGGCUACGGUGCAACGCACCAUUGAGAUGUACAGGGAGUACAUUCUGGAGCAAAAACAAAAAGGCGUGAACGUUCCGCUCACAGCAUAUCCUGAUUUAGAUAAUCUCUAUGUUGGGAACGCUGAGGCGCUCACUGGUCUAGACGACCAGCAACGAAAAUCUGUGAUGGCACACUGGGUGGGCGCCGGAGCCAGUCUAUUGCUCGGAUCUGAUCUCACACAACUCGACGAUUUCGGGUCAUCACUCCUGAGUGAUGCUCUCAUAAACGAGAUGACCCAUUUCACUGCCAAAUAUCCUAUGUGGCCGUUACGAGGGAAAGCAGGAGAAACAGCGGGCUAUCAGCACCAAGUUUGGAUUGCUGGUCCUGACCCAGAAACCGGUGUUGCAGUAUUACUCGUCACAAAUUAUGGA